UUAAAGACAAAACAAACAAAAAAAAAAACUAAGCAAAUUCUAAAAACGAUUCUUGUCAUCUCAUUAUUAUGAGAUUAUGACUUUAGCAUAUGUGGAUAUGCCAACUGUCAUAGAUGUUCAGGAACGCUUGACUAGUCAUGGGAGUAUAGGACUGUCAAGUGGCAGUCCGGCCUAUACGACACACACUGGCGGGCAUACGGGACGUGGCGGACCAACUGGUGCCCAUGGCGGACAUGGUGGCUCGCAUGGCUCUGCCGCAUCAAUGCAUCAUCAAUCAUUGCAAUCGGACUUUCAACCACCGUAUUUUCCGCCGCCGUUCCAUCACGCAACACAGAGUCCGCCUCAGCAACAGUUACCUGCCUAUUUACAGAAUCAUGGUGCUCUAGAAUAUUUAGGAACCGAUCCAUAUGGUCAACCGCUUUCAUCAUUACAUCAUGCUCCACUACAUCAUUAUAAUCAAUUAGCUGGAUUAAGAUCAACACAGGAUCAACUUGGUAUUCAUAGAUCCCAUCGAGAUGCUGAACUUCAGGGACAUGUGACACAACUUUCACAUGGAUUUCCCUAUACAGAUAGACGCGGUGAUUAUGGAAGUGCAAUAAGCGGUGCUGGUGGUCAUGGUGGAAGGCUGGGGCAUGAACAUGAUCCCUUAGCAUUACAUCAAGCACUCCAAAAUGCUGUGGAUGAUGGACAAAAUGCUGGGAUGGAUGACAAUGUGGCAUUUAUGUCGGAUUUGCCCUUAAUAAAAAGUAUUAAGAGCGGCAAAGAUGUCGGAAACAUUGGAUCAGGUUCACCUAGUGAAGUAUUUUGUGCAGUACCCGGACGUCUUAGCCUUUUAUCAAGUACAUCGAAAUAUAAAGUCACAAUUGCUGAAGUACAAAGACGACUAUCGCCACCUGAGUGUCUCAAUGCCUCAUUGUUAGGAGGUGUUUUACGAAGAGCUAAAAGCAAAAACGGAGGCCGUCUAUUAAGAGAAAAGCUGGAAAAAAUUGGUUUAAAUUUACCAGCUGGUAGAAGAAAGGCUGCCAAUGUAACAUUGCUAACAUCUUUAGUUGAGGGUGAAGCAACACAUUUGGCAAAAGAUUUUCAAUUUGUAUGUGAAACAGAAUUUCCCGCCCGACAAUUAGCUGAAUAUAUUGUGCGACAUCAAACCGAGCCUCAAGAAUCAUAUAGACGAAAGGAGCUUUUGAUGCAUUCACAGCAGAUCACAAAAGAACUAAUGCAAGUACUAAGUCAAGAUCGAACAACACAAUACGGUACAAGAUCACAACAUCUGCUCGAGCCAUCAAUGCAACGUCAUUUAACGCAUUUUUCUUUAAUAACCCAUUCAUUUGGAUCUCCAGCUAUAAUGGCCGUGCUCCAUGCAUUCCAGAACUUCCUAAAUGAAUCUCUUAAUUAUUUAGACAAAUUAUAUCCGCCAAAUGGUGGUGGUAUGGUAUCAUCAUCUUUGGACAAAAGUAAAAUGGAUAGUGACAAAAAAUGAUAAAACGCUCCUUCCUGUGUUACAUCACACUUCUGAUAUAUAGUAAUUUUCAAAUUUAUGAUGUAAAUAAAAACAAAAAAACAAAAAAAAAAACGCCAGGACGUUUGUGUUUUAUUUUUUAGUAAAACGUAAUUAAUAUU